AUGGUUCGCGGAUUGAUGAAAUUCCCAGAAAUCUCGACGAAGCUAUUGAACAUAUGCGUUAACUCUCUCUGCAAAUUCCGAAACUUGGAGAAAGCCGAAACAUUGAUCAUAGACGGAAUCAAAUUAGGCGUUCUUCCAAAUGUCAUCACUUACAACACCUUGAUCAAUGGGUACUCUCGUUUCGUCGGAAUCGACGAAGCUUACGCCGUAACACGGCGAAUGAGAGACGCCGGGAUCAGACCUGACGUCGCCACGUACAAUUCACUCAUCUCCGGAGCCGCGAAACAGCUCAUGCUGCAUCGUGCACACCAACUGUUCGACGAAAUGACUCAAUCAGGUUUAUCUCCAGAUAUGUGUAGUUACAAUAUUCUGAUGUCUUGCUACUUCAAGCUCGGAAACCACUGUGAGGCGUUUCGGAUCCUUAACGAGGAUGUUCGUCUCGCUGGGCUAUCUCCAGGUGUUGACACGCACAACAUUCUUCUUGAUGCUCUCUGCAAAAGCGGCCGUACGGAUGAAGCCAUUGAUCUCUUCAACGAUCUCAAGAGUCGUGUUAAGCCGGAGCUCAUGACGUUUAACAUUCUCAUCAACGGUCUUUGUAAAGCGAGAAAGGUUAACUCCGCGGCUCGGAUGCUGAGAGAGCUCAAGAAGUCUGGUUACACUCCGAAUGCCGUGACGUACACGACAAUGCUUAAGCUUUAUAUGAUGACCAAGAAGGUCGAGAAAGGUCUAAGGCUGUUCUUGAAAAUGAAGGAGGAAGGUUACACGUUCGACGGGUUUGCGAAUUGCGCGGUGGUUAGCGCGUUGAUCAAAACCGGAAGAGCAGAGGAGGCGUACGAGUGUAUGGGAGAGCUGGUGAGAACCGGUACAAGGAGCCGAGACAUAGUCUCGUACAACACGUUGUUGAAUCUUUACUUCAAAGAUGGGAACUUGGAUGAAGUGGAUGCUCUGUUGGAAGAGAUUGAGGUUAAAGGGUUGAAAACUGAUGACUACACGCACACGAUCAUAGUCAAUGGUUUGUUGAGCAUAGGUCAUACGGGAGAAGCAGAGAAGCAUUUGGAUUGUAUAGGAAAGUUGGGGAUGCAGCCGAGUAUCGUCACUUGUAACUGUUUGAUCGAUGGGUUGUGUAAAGCUGGUCACGUAGACCGAGCGAUGAGGCUGUUUGAUUCGAUGGAGGAGAGAGAUGAGUACACUUACACUUCCGUUGUGCAUAGUCUAUGCAAAGAUGGUAGGCUCGUUUGUGCUUCGAAGCUGCUACUGUCGUGUUACGAUAAAGGAAUGAAGAUUCCCUCGUCGGCGAGACGUGCCGUGUUGUCCGGUUUACGGAUGACGUUUUCUUAUCAGGCUGCAAGGAAGACACAUGGCAGAAUCAAAGCCGCGAUUGAGUGCAAUGCACGCAUGUAUCCUUAA